GAUUCUUGGGAGUUGGUCAGUAAUCGGAAUAGUACUUAUACCCUCUUACUCUACCUCGAUCGUCAAUAUGUCCAUCGGCAUAGUGACUUUCAUUAGCUCAAUUUAAAGCCUAGUACUACUAUCAAUUCUGUUCCUCCUUUCUUCCUCGCUCGUUUGUUCACUCUCGCUGUUUCUCGUCCGAACAAAAGCGGUGUUAAGAAGUGGAGGAGCAGUCUUGUGACUUGGAGCGCAUGAUCAAACUUAUAAGUAAUACUAUGUAACUAUGUAUGGGAAAGAGGGUCUACCAUAUAGUUCCUGGGAGAAACAUUUGAAUCAAUCAAUAGUAUAUGUUGCUUAAAUUAUAUGAGGUCAAUAACUACAUUGGAAUACAUUUACUAUCAUAAUUCAGAUUGAUUAAUGUGAUAUAUGUUAUGAUGUUCAAGUUUGACCAUUUAAACAAAUUUAAAAUUUGUGCUGCAAAAAAAUUUAAAUUCAUACCACUUUUACACCAUCAUCCAUCAAUGUCAGUACUGCAACAAUGUAUAUUGAAUAGCUUGAAUGAGAUCAAUCAAUUGAUCGUUGAUGGAAAUCUAGAUGUUAAUCUUAUCGUUCAGUCUCAUCAACCUCCAUUAUCUUGUACUGAAUCAUGUUUAAAUAAGAAUGUUCAUAACUUUGUAUCCCUUAGUUUUAUAUUAUGUCAUUUUGAUAAGUUAUACAUUCAUACAAAUAUCACCAAAAAUCAUAUAUCUCAAUCAUUCUUAACUCAUACUGGGGUUCAUAACCAACUUAUCCAAGUUUAUAGAUCAAUUAUUAAAUGUAUUAAAAAUUUCAAAUUUGCCGCUUAUAGUCCCAAUCCAAAAUUUAAUACCAUCAUUCGAAAUUUAAUUAAUUUAUCAUUUGUUUUGAAAAUCCCAACCCUAUGUGAUGAAAAUAGAACUUAUGUUCAUGAUAGUAGUGAAUUCGUUAUUCAAUUACCCCCUGAUUAUCAUUCUAUCAACCUUUUAUCAUCUCCAAGAAUUCAAACUUAUAAUGGUAGAGAAUUGAACUUGGCCAAAUAUUAUCAUCAAAUAGUUCCUAAUGUGAUUCAAAAGUUUUAUAACAAUGAAUUACUUUUUGAUGAUUUAAGUACUCAUUUAUCAAUAACAUUAAAUGAUUUAUCAAAGGUUCAUAUUCCAUUUUCUGUUAUCAAACCAUUUUAUUCUUAUUCUGAUGUUGAUAAAUAUACCAUUAUUUACAAUCAAUUGAAUCCUAUAAUUAUUGUUUUACAAGCAUUAUUUCCAACUAUGAAUAUAACUCCUGUUAGAUCCUAUCGAAUUUUAUCAAACAAGUUACAAUCAGAUUUACAUUUAAGUUUUAUUUCACCUCAUGAAGAUGAUAAUUAUAUUCAAAAAUAUACCAUACCAAUUCAAAUUAGAUCAUCUACCAUCUUAUCAAAGACUUGUCCUCAACUUUUCAAAUGUAAAACCACAAAACAAUCUAAUCUUUAUUUAGCUUCCGAAGUUGGCCUUAGAGAUUAUAUUAAUGAUUGUUUAUAUCAAAUCAUAUUAGGAAAUACAAAUAUGGGAUUUAUAAUUGAUAAUACCAGUUUAUUGAUUCUUGAAAUUCAUUUAAAAGCUUAUCGUUAUUUGGAAGAUUAUAAAGGUUUAGAUACAGAAGCUACUACUUUUAAAUUAAUUAAUUGUUCUAUUUAUUAUGUCGAUUUAACCAAUUUUAAAUAUAAUCUUCCAACUGCUUUAUUACUUUUUCUUAAUUGGUAUUUCAAAAUAAUAUCAGGUACAGAAAUGCAUGAAAUCAAUACCGCUAAUAAUAGCUUUGAUUUAUUAUUAGAAUUAAAGAUGAAUAAAGAACAAAUUAAAGCCCAUAAUGCUUAUAAAACUCAUAUCGUUCAAGAAGUUUGGGAAAAUUCAAUGCAGAAUUUUCGAUUCAUGGUACCAGAGAAAUAUGGAGAGCCAGAUAAUCGAUUAGGAUUUAGAUUUGAUUUAAAACAAGAUUGGAAUGCUCAUAUUAAUCAAUUACUUCAAUUUAAAGAUUAUACCCAUAAUGUUCGCCAUAUUCAUGAGUUUAAAAUUAUUCAAAAGCAACAUUAUGAUUUUUAUCUGAUUUUUAAAGUUCAAAUAAAAGAUCAUGAUAAAGGUAUUACAACUCCUGUAUUGGAUUUAAAAAUCUAUAAUAUUAUGGAUCAAUCAAUUUUAUUCAAUUCAUUAUCGGAUAUUAAUUUUCUCAUAAAUUUUAAUAUCAUUACAACUAUGUAUUUAAAUGAUUUAUUAUUAAUGCAUGGUAUAAGAGAGAAUAGAAUAACUUUAGAACAACAUGCUAAAAUUCUGACUCAAAAUCCUAAGUAUUUGAUUGAUAUUGAAAAAUCUCUUCAAGGAUUUCCUUUAAUUGCAAAUUGGUUUGAAAGUGGGAAAUUACAAUCAAUUAAGAAUAAUUAUGUGGGGUAUUAUAUUUUAAGUGAAAGUAUUCCAAGUAAUGAAGGUCAGUAUAUUAAUGUGAGUAGAAAAGUUAAGAAUUCUGUAUUUCUAUUUCAUCUGAGGAAAAUGACAUUAGGAAGAGAUAUGAAGAAAUAUAUUUAUAAUAAUGAAAGAGAUCGAGUCUUUUUUAAUCAAUUAGAAUUAUCCAAGUUACACUAUGAUAAUUUUUUCAAUUGGAAGUAUGAUCUGUACUUAGAUAGUAGAAUUUUAUCAAGUGUAACUAAAAAACUACAUCGUGAUCAUUUGUUUAAUUCGUAUGAUUGAAUAUAUAAUCGUAUUUAAAAUUAAUCUAAUACUGUAACGUUUUUAAAAAUUUAUAACUUAUUAUCACCAUGAACAUGAGACUUUUCAGCAGCUGCUUGAUCAACUACCAAUUUAAUUAAUUGGAAAGCAACUGAUUCAGGCAUUGGAAUUAAAAUUCCAUCAGGAUUAAAAUCUUC